AUGGCAAAGGGAAAGGGAAAGUAUGGUGAUGAAGGUUCCCGGCAGAGAACCAUGAGCUGGGAUGAUGAACAAACUAAGUUCAUGGUGAAUUGGUACAUCGAGUACCGAAAAGAACAGCAUGCAGGCUUCGUAUUCAAGAAGCAACACCAUAUGAAGUGUGCUGAUGUUUUAAACAAAGAGUUUGCUAUGGGGGGUACACUUGACCAAGAUGAUUGUCACUACGGACAUUACAAAGAGAAUUGGACGAUAGUUGAGACAGCUAUGAAUAAGAGUGGCAAUGGUUUUGACAAAAUAAAAUGCAAAGUAACAAUUUCAGAGUCGGGAAAGGAGCAACUUAGUGAUAGGGCCAGGCGCUUGCUCUCUAAGCCCAUCAAAUUCUUUCAUGAGAUGCAAGAACUUUUCUCGGGCAUGAAUGCUGAUGGUUCCCUUGCCAUGGAUCCGGAAACAGGCUUGGAUGAUGGAAGCGGACCAUCUGACUCUGACUCGGAAUAGCUGAAUGACAUGUUCAUUUAUCCACAAAGUAUUGACCUUGAAGGCCCAAACAAUGAGGGUAUGCGCAGUUUCCUAUCUUACAGAAGUGACAAAACUUUGGAGACCUGGGUAUACCAAUUCAUUUGCAAGCAUGAAGAUCGUAUGCAGUUACUAUUGAUUCCUGGUAGUACAUGCUUCUGGUGUUAUUUGGCCUCCUUUUGCUGCUAAUGGCUGUUAUGCAUGAACUUGGUGAAAAUGCUUUUGGGUGUUGUUCUGACUUUUGUUGCUACUGAAGAUUGUUGAACUAUGCAGAGCGACCUGAUGCUUGUGUAGUACUGCUAAUAUGACCAACUAUGUAGAUUUGCAAGUAGUUCCUAGGUGCAAGAACUGUUAGUUGCUUAUGUAUAAUAGCAUCGAUCAUGUGAUAUUUUGUUGCUAUACUGGUUGGUGUGAACCAGUGCAAGUGGUUACUGUAAUGAACUAUUGCAUGUGAUGUUUAAUGGAUUAUGAUAAGCUAGAUUGAUUGCUCUA